CAUCGGCAGCCGUCGUCGUCGCCGAGCCCGUCAUCGCGGUACCCGAGUCCGACGUGAUUCGUCGAGUGGGAAAAUUCCGAUAUUUUUCGUUUAAUUUUUUUUUAUUAUUAUUUAUUAACUAAUAUAGUCUUCUGUCCGCGAGUGCUUCGAUCAAGAUUUCGGGACGCUCAGUCACGUCGACUCACGUUCGUCCCUCAGUCGUCACAGAGUUUUCGUUAUCACUUUUCCUUUUUGCGUCAGUCACUCUCACUCGACGCUCAGUGUCUCAGUCUGACUGCGGCUGCAGCACUUAUAGCACACUGCCAAUUAUUGAGAAAUCGUAGUCGCGGCGAACACCGAUCAAAAGAUAAAUAAAUUACUGUACGAGACUGGACGACAACUGCGUUCGACGGCAUCGUCGUUUCUGCAGAACCACUAUCAAAUAUGGCUAUAAAUGUGUAUUCAACUAAUGUGACAUCUGAUAACCUAAGUCGUCAUGACAUGUUAGCAUGGGUAAAUGAUACUCUGUCUGCAAGUUUUACGAAAAUAGAAGAACUAUGUUCAGGUGCUGCUUACUGUCAAUUUAUGGAUAUGUUAUUCCCUGGUAGUGUGCAAAUGAAACGAGUCAAGUUUAGAACAAAUCUUGAACAUGAAUAUAUACAAAAUUUUAAAAUACUUCAAGGGGCUUUUAAAAAGAUGGCAGUUGACAAGAUAGUACCUAUAGAUAGGCUGGUCAAGGGGCGUUUUCAGGAUAAUUUCGAGUUUUUGCAAUGGUUCAAAAAGUUUUUUGACACCAAUUACCAAAUGAAUGAUUACGACCCAGUAGGUGCGCGCAGUGGUGAGGGAAUGGGAGCAGCCGGUGCAGCAGCCAGAGCAGGUCCUGUCAAAAAGCCAUCGGCGGCAGUACCGCCUAGAAAUGCCACCACCCAAAAUCGUUUAUUCCGUCCCGCGAGUAACAGCAAUAUGUCUAAUCGUGUACCCACAACAAGACCAACAGCACCAGCCAAUCAGCGUGAUAGAGGCGAUCAUAAAAUCGAUGAACUUACUAGACAGAUGAGUGAAUUGAGAGUUACAGUUGAGGGUUUGGAAAAAGAACGCGAUUUCUAUUUUGGUAAAUUGCGUGACAUAGAGGUGAUAUGCCAGGAACAAGAAAGUGAACAUCCAUUAUUCUCUAAAGUAUUGGAAAUUCUUUAUGCCACUGAGGAAGGAUUUGCUGCUCCAGAAGAGGUUGAUACUAACAAUCACGAUGAUGAUGAAGCUUACUAAUAGUCUCUUAUUUAAUUUUUUUUACUUAAUUAUGAUUUUUUUAAUGAUAUUUAUUAUAUUUUACAGUACGCUAUUAUAAUAAACUGCUAAAAGCACAUGUUCAAAAUUGUGUACCGUUUCUUAUUAA